GACAGUGUGGGCGUGUCACACUUUGACGUGUAAAUUUACACAUGACGAAAACAAAAGGGCUUAAAUAUUUCAAAAUCUAAAGGUUUACGUAGUAGGUCGUUAAUUUCAUUAGAGAAAAACCUCCGCCGGUAUUAUUUGCUUUCGUCUAGAAUGAUGGGCUUCAAACGGGACAAGAAGGAAGAGGAAGAAGGGGGCGGAAACCUUUUCCAGAACUUGGAGAAAACCACUGUCCUGCAGGAGGCCCGAACCUUCAACGACACGCCGGUCAACCCAAGAAAAUGCACCCAUAUUCUCACCAAAAUCCUCUACCUUUUGAACCAAGUAAUGAAUUUCAUUUCAUAUAAAGAACCUUUAAUGAACUUUCAAACUCAGGGUGAAAUUUUGGGCACUGUGGAGGCAACAGAGGCGUUCUUUGCCAUGACCAAGCUGUUCCAGUCAAGGGACGUCAUUCUGCGCCGGAUGGUGUACCUGGGCAUCAAAGAACUGGCCGGCAUUGCCGAGGACGUCAUCAUUGUCACCUCCUCGCUGACUAAGGACAUGACUGGUCGCGAGGACAUGUACAGGGCAGCGGCCAUCAGAGCCCUCUGCAGCAUCACUGAUGGCUCAAUGCUGCAAGCAAUUGAGAGAUACAUGAAGCAGGCCAUUGUGGACCGCAACGCUGCUGUGAGCAGUGCAGCUCUGGUCAGCAGUCUGCACAUGACCCGCUUUGCUGGGGACGUUGUGAAGCGCUGGGUCAACGAGGCUCAAGAGGCAAUGAACACCGACAGUGUAAUGGUGCAGUACCAUGCCCUAGGGGUGCUUUACCACAUUCGGAAGACGGACCGCUUGGCUGUGACCAAAUUGGUGGCCAGACUGAUUAAAUCGACUCCCAAGUCUCCUUACGCUCUGUGCAUGCUGAUCCGCAUUGCCUGCCGUCUGAUGGAGGAAGACGACUAUGGUUCCGAUUCGCUUUUUGAGUUUGUCGGAUCCUGCCUUCGCCACAAGAGCGAGAUGGUCAUUUAUGAGGCUGCCCAUGCCAUUGUCAACAUGAAGAAGACCACGGCCAGGGAGUUAACACCUGCUGUCAGCGUUCUGCAGCUCUUCUGCUCCUCUUCAAAACCAACAUUGAGAUUUGCAGCUGUCAGAACACUGAAUAAGGUGGCAAUGACCCACCCUGCUGCUGUGACCGCAUGCAAUCUGGACCUUGAAAGUUUGAUCACAGAUGCAAAUCGUUCUGUUGCUACCCUGGCCAUCACCACUCUGCUGAAAACCGGUGCUGAGUCAUCGGUUGAUCGACUGAUGAAACAAAUCUCAAGUUUUGUGAGUGAAAUCAGUGACGAGUUUAAGAUUGUGGUGGUCAAGGCAAUCAGAGCUCUGUGUCUCAAGUUCCCACGUAAGCACUCGGUGCUCAUGAAUUUUCUUUCGGCCAUGCUGAGGGACGAGGGUGGCUUGGAGUACAAAGCAUCCAUUGCUGAUACAAUCAUCACCAUCAUUGAGGAAAAUCCUGAAGCAAAAGAAACUGGUUUGGCCCAUCUUUGCGAGUUCAUUGAGGAUUGUGAGCAUACCAGCUUGGCAGUGAGAAUUCUGCACCUGUUGGGCAAGGAAGGUCCCCGCACAAAGCAGCCGUCUCGCUACAUCCGAUUCAUCUACAACCGUGUCAUUCUGGAAAACGCCCCUGUCAGAGCUGCUGCCGUCACCGCUAUGGCCCAAUUUGGCGCCCUCUGUCCCGACUUACUGCCCAACAUCCGAGUCCUCCUGGCCCGCUGCCAGAUGGACACUGACGACGAAGUCCGAGACCGCGCCACUUACUAUAGCACCAUCCUCAACUGUAAUGACCCUGUGCUGAACAACCGAUUCAUUGUGGAAAACACGCACCUAAGUUUGCCAAGUUUGGAAAAGGCCUUGCACCUGUACACCAUGCAGCCCACGGAGACACCCUUUGACAUCAAGACCAUUCCAAUUGCUGCCGUUGCUCCUUCCGAGGAUGCAAAACUCCCUGUUUCCUCUGAUGAAAUCAGCUCCAAACCCAAGACUGCCGCGCCCAUGUUGACCAGGGAAGAAACGUACGCAGAGAAGCUGAAAAACAUUCCUGAGCUUGCAGCCCUUGGCCCUCCGUUUCACUCCUCGCCACCCAUUGAGCUCACAGAAUCCGAGACAGAAUACCUUGUCAAGUGCAUCAAACACGUGUACGAGCGUCACCUUGUGCUGCAAUUCAAUUGCACAAACACCCUCAACGACCAGCUGCUGGAAAACGUCCGAGUGCAGCUGGACGCCCCCGAAGGAUUUGUCCUCAUCUCGGAAAUCUCCUGUCCUAAAUUAUCCUAUGGCGAGGCGCAGUCAUGCUUUGCUGUCUUCGAAUUCCCUGAGGUGUUGGCUAGCAGUGUUGGAACCUUUGGUGCUGUUCUCAAAUUCUCCGCCAAAGACUGCGAUCCAGCCACUGGCCUCCCAGAUUCGGAUGACAGUUUUGACGACGAGUACAUGCUUGAAGAUUUGGAGAUUUCUAUAGCUGACCAAGUGCAGAAAGUUGCAAGAGCCAAUUUUGGAGCUUCCUGGGAGGAGGCUGGCAGUGAAAAUGAGUUAGAGGAUGUCUUUGCCCUCUCAAGCAUGCAGACCUUGGACGAAGCGGUGAAAAACAUUGUCCAGUUUCUCGGUAUGCAGCCUUGUGAGAGGAGCGACCGUAUACAAGAAGGAAAAUCUUCACACACCCUUCUACUUGCUGGUGUGUUCCGUGGAGGUCAUGACGUACUAGUAAGAGCAAAGUUAGCCUUAUCCGAGGGUGUCACCAUGCAGCUAGCAGUCAGAUGUCCCGAUCCUGAAAUUUCCGAGUUGGUUACAAAUUCGGUCGGUUAAAUCGUUGAGAACACAUACAUCCAGUUUGUUUUUAUCACAUGGUGGUAAAGUAAUUACUUUUUGGUCUUAUUAUUUUUUGGCUUUAAUCUUCAAUCUCUUCAAAAACGACUUUCUGCUGCAUGAGUUUAAACAAAUAUAAGAUUAAAAGAAUUAUUUUACCUCCGUUAUGAGAGAAUUUACUUUAAUAUCUAAAUAAAUUUUGUGUUUAAAUCUUGAAAG